GUUCAACAUGGCGCAUGAGGUUUGUGCGGAAAGCGCGUUUAUUUGAAGGUCGUUGAAUUGAGUUAAGAUUGGUCGAGUUUUAAAAUGGUUUCAUCAGAAGAAAGUAUCAUUUUGUUUUAAACUUAAAUCAACCAUGGAGGCGGAUGGUGAUAAAGCAACUGCGAUUGGAUGUCCUUCACAGACGGUGAGUUAUUCUAGCAACUUGCGUAGCUAAAUUUGUAGCAACCUACCAUAAUUUGGAGGUGAUGGUCCGGAUGUGCGUGAUGAUUGGUCUUCUUACGUCCUUCUAACCCCUCGACAGAAACAUAAUACUGACCUUACCAUUUUCAUAAGUGGACCCUCAAUAAUGGUAUGGACCUUGCUUAUGCUUCUCAGGGGCGUAGAUGCUCUGGGGUGUAAAUAGGCCUUUUCAUAGAAGGGGGAUGGAGGUCACACUGUGCCACACCCAGGAUACCCAUGCGAAAGAUAUUUUUCGGAUGAGUAUUGAGUGAUUGAUACUGUGUAGAUUUUCAGGAAGAACCUUUAUAAUAAUUUCUGGAAAGUGUGAUGAAGAAAAUACAAUGAUGGUGCCAGAUAACUUUUCAUUACACAAGCUGCGCCUAAAGAGUGGCUUCAGGUAUAGUCUAGUCAAUGAGAUUACCAUAAUAUUCUUUUAUCAGUCCCUGGCGGGUAAAGCUGCUGUAUGUCAAGGAUGCCCAGGACAGUAUCUCUGUAGUCAACAAGGUAGAUUGUUUUCAAACGUUGGAUUUUUAAAAUAACACACACACCAUUAACUUGGUUCCAUUUUACAUUUUACAAAUUAUACAAAAAUAUAGGAACACUGUACAGCUAGCUAAGCCUGUUUUUUUUUUUUUAUAUAAUUAUUAUUCUCUGACAUACAUCAUAAUUUCUUUGAAAAGAUUGAAUUCCCCCACAUGAACAUAUUUCAGAUUGAGGAAAGCUCUUUACUUGCUGGUGUCUCCACAGUGAAAUAUGAUAGAGAAAUUAUAGAGUAAAAUCACUGGGGGCAAAUUGAAAUUAGUCCUAUUUUGAUUGUUGUAAAUCUAAUCAAACAUCAGUUUUUGGCCAUGAAAAAAUUGAAGUACAGUAUAUGCGAAGAAAGGAAAAAUUUGGUCACUAGAUAUGUUUAAAAGCCCUAAAGCUCAUUUUUUACGCUGAUGAUCAACAGGUGUUUUGGACCCAGAUCAAGAGAUGAUUGAUUUGCGAAUGAAUGCAGUCAAACAUAAGAUUCUUAUUUUAUCAGGAAAAGGGGGUAAUAAUGUGUUGUAGUCUUGAAUUAAUUUCAGAUCUUAAUGAUUUAAAUCUAGUAUGAUUUGAUUUUCCUUUGUUCUGGAUAUGUUACCUUAAUUCUUAACAAAGAAAACACAAAUCAAGCUGGUUGAAUUCACUUAUCACUUUAAACUGCAAUAAAUUGUACACGGUACUGCAAUAUACUAUUUUAAGUCAAUCAAAUUGAAGUUAGUUUCCUAGUUCAUUAUAUUUGAAUCUAGGUUUGACUCCUUCUUCCUUGCACCUGUCUUAUCAUAAAGGACCUCUUGUUGCAGCGUUUAGAUCACCUCUGAUGUAGGCACCAGACGGGAGUGUCAAAACAUUAGGUCUAUUUAAUGAGUGUAACUUCUCAGUUACACUCAUAAAAUCUUUAAACCAGAGUAGCAUCAAACCAUAUCUGAGUUUCACUCCUGUUUCAAAUUUUUACUUCUUUUUUAUGACUCAUUACACCAAUUUUAAAAUGAAAAAGUACAUGUUCAUAAUUAUUGAAGUAAACCAUCUUAAUUCAUUACUAAAGCUGCCUAUUUUCUUGCAUGGUUAACCCUUUAAUUCCCAGAGGUGAUCAACAUGAAACUUCUUCCGAUAAUAUCCUUACAUUAUCCCGCAAACAGCUAAUGAGGAUAUUCAAACUUAUCAGGUAGAAGUUGUUGUCUUGAUCCAACACCAAAUUCUCAUAACUAAUCUACAAGGAUAUGUGUAACAGCUAGAAGGGAGAAUUACUAAUUAGAACUUGGGAGUGAAAGGGUUAAGUAAUGGGAAAAGGUUGCAGCUGAAGGCUGAAGGAGUUGGAAGGGCUGAAAAUUCCUUACAACUUACCAGCCUGGAUAUCUUUCUCAAAAUGUCCAAAAUCCAAGCAGCAUGAUCAUUAAAUCAGGAAAUAUUGGUGGAUACUUAGCGUAAUAUUUUGUUACUAGCUUCCAACCAACAGGGUCACAUAUUCUAAGCCCAUUGGAAUUCUACAGCACAAUUAGGAAUCAAAAUAAAGUUACAAACCAUACAAUUAAUUAGUAAAGGUUUUUCUUUAAAUCUGGAUUUUUGUAGGAGUUGGUAAAUCAAGUGUGGCUUCUAAUCUUAGCAUGGCUCUUGCUAACAUGGGCCAAAAGGUAACUUUAUAAGACAUGAAGUGCUACAUCUAGUAAGGGUAGAGCCAGUGUACACCGAAAAUAUUUUUUAAUUGUGUUACUGUGUACAAGGACAGAAGUAUUAUAAAUGUCAAAACCACUCAACCUUUAACCCUUAAGAGUGACUAGCAUCUAAUUUCCCCUUACAGUGGCCAAAUAAAUUCUUAGGGGAAUUACAAUGAACACAUUGCUGGUCAAAGUGGAAUUCAGGUGAACCCUUUACACCCUAACGUCAAUAUGCAUAUUCUCCAUACUGUUAUCUAUACAUUCCCUAAGGUGCUGAUAAGGAGAAUUUGGUGUAACAAUCAAGUUCUUCUUUGGUUGGUGAUCAUUUCUUUUUUUUCUUGUGAUCUCGAUGUGUGAUUCAGGAGUGAUAUUGUAAGGAGAUCAAUAUUAGAUUCUAGUCAUUCUUAUCGGUUAGAGGGUUAAAGUGAUUUCAGACUAGGUUGAUUUGUAUUUCUUUGAUUUUAAAACAAUCAAAAUCAUAAUUUUUUAUUAAUGAAAUGAAAUACAAAUUGUAAGGUAGUUACAAAUAUGUUUGACUUGAAUUCACUUUAUUUAAACUAUAUUUGGUAAAUUGGGACUAAUUUUAACUUUGGUUUAGGUGGGGUUAGUGGACUUGGACAUUUGUGGUCCAAGUGUACCAAAGCUAAUGGCAGUUGAAGGACAACAAGUCAUUAACUCACCAUAUGGAUGGACUCCUUUGAAGUAAGAAGGAAUACAUACUUAUAACAGAGUUUGAGGUUGCUGUUGUUUUUUUUUUUUUUCACACAAAGCAUGCUUGUUGUAAAUUCAAGCAAAUAAAACAUGGUUCUGUAGUUUACGGUACUAACCAAGAAAACAUGGUUAUACAGUAGAACACACCAGUGGCGGAUUUAAGGGAGGGGCUCAGUUAAAAAAAAAUAAUAAAUAAGAAUUGCAGAAGGAAGAAAAGCUGGCAGGGCAAGUGACAAAAAACCAAGGCCCCCUCCCACUCAGCUCAAGGUCUGGAUCUGCUGCUGCACACUACAACAAAAUGCAACACAAAACAACUCAAAGAAAAGACAGGACAAUACAACAGGGAAGAGUAAAUAUAAUACUGUAAAUUGCAAUACAGUUGACAUUAUUGGCUCCUCCCCUCUCUGCAGAUGCCUUUUUGAUUGUUCCAAAGUUCCUGAAGUAGGAGUCAGUACAGUCAUCAGUGGCAUCUGAGAUAAUAACUUAAGUUUAUAUUAGGAACAGCUUCUGUAUGAAUUAUAGGAUGUGUAAGCUGAGUGUCUUUUUUCCACCUUCAGAUCGCCUCAUUUUGGUGUAAAAGUUAUGUCAGUAGGUUCUUUACUGCAAAAGACAGACAAUGCGUAAGUUACUGGAAAUGUGCAUGUAUGUAUAGUCUAGUAUUAGUUGUAAAUAGCUGUGAAUUGAAUGCGUUAGAGCAGAAAUGUAACUGUGUCAGCAUUGAUGAUGUACAUCUUCUUAGGCAAAGAACUUAGUAUAUACUUAGUUUCCUUAACCCUUAUCCUCUUAUAAUGGCUUUUGCCUACAGUUGGGUAAAAAUAUUUAACUCUUUACCAAAGGAGAUCAGAAACACAAAAAGCCUUAGCCUUUCUAGAAAGAAAAUUUUUUAUAAAUAUUUCAAUUCAUAGAUCAUAAGAUGCUAUUUUAUUAUUGAAAUGUACGCUGUUUUUUAAUCUAUAUUUUAAUCUGUAAAAAGUUCAUUUUUCUUUUUUCUUUGUCACAUUCCAGCAACAUUCUUUUAAGCAUUGACGAAUUUUUUUUCAAUGAACUUUAGGAUAAUAUGGCGCGGACCGCGGAAAACAGGUAUGGUUCUUGUUGGUCUGGGCUCCCGCUUGUAAGGCUUUCAAUAACCUACAAAAAAAGGCCUUUCUUUUCUUUCUUUAUAUAUAUUUGUUACGUUUUUAAAUGUUUUAGGUCUAAUCAAGCAGUUUAUGAAGGACACAUUUUGGGGUCGCCUCGACUUUCUUAUAUUUGGUAAGUUACGGUAUGCAGUUUUUAGGUCUUUUUUUGUUGGAAAUUAACUAGUCUGAAUAUUGAGGGGCUGCGGGAAAAGAUAGUACCAACGAUUUAAUUGUAAAUAGAAUAUGAAAGAUGGUAAUUUUGAGCUCGGUAUCGUAAAUAAAUGGAGAAGGAUGUUUUUCGUCUUGUCUCGAGCGAGAAACAAAGAAAAAGUUCCAUGAGAAAUCAAACCUCAGACCUUCACAUUCCUCGCGCUGAUGCUCUACCUCUGAGCCAUAGAGAUUCUAUGGUGAGCAAGGCCCAUUACAAAGUUCAUAUAAUUGGAAGACAAAAUUGGACCCUAUCAGGUAUUUGAUUGUUUCUCAAUACGAACUUUCAAAACCAGACAAAAACUCUCAAUUGCUGUUAAGGAUAUGACGUCUUUGAAGACCCUUGGGCUGACAACCGGGCGAGAGGAAACUAUAGUACAAUUGCUUUGGUUUUACUUAACUUUGCUCUGUGAUUGGCCAUUCUCUCGACCAAUCAAAUGCAAACCUAAAAACAAUCGCGUCUUGGUCAAUCGCAUUUUCCCGCGCUUCAGGCAGUUUGUUUAUUUUCACUUCGAGUUUUCAUCAGCUCACCCGUAAGAUAUCGAGUUGAACACUCGAAGAGAAAUUCUCUUUCUACGCGCGCCAUGUAUUAUUCUCUAUUUAACAGACACACCACCCGGUACAUCAGAUGAGCAUCUGACUGUUGUCAAAGCACUGAAAAACGUCAAUCCUGAUGGAGCUGUCGUGGUUACGACGCCUCAAGAGGUUGCGUUGGCAACGAUUCGCAAGGAGCUGAAUUUUUGCCGAAAGAUGGAUUUGACAGUAUUAGGUAUCGUGGAAAAUAUGAGUGGCUUUGUUUGCCCGUACUGUCAGGUAUGUUAAGUAUUUAAGCUAUAUAACAAACUGCUCGCGCUUGCUCCUUGUGUUGUCAACACAACCCUUGAGAUAGUUGCCAGCAAUCAACCUUUACAAGGUGCUAAUUAUAUUUAUAUCUUUUGUUUAGUUUGAGUUACGAAGCAGUUAUGGUUUAUGUUUUUUCAUUGGCUUAAGAAUAAACUCACUCUGUUAAAAUUGCUUUAUUGUGUUGAUAAACGUUAGGAAUGUUCAAACCUGUUUUCUUCUGGAGGCGCUGAAAGACUCGCUAGUGAAAAUGGUCUUCGUCUCCUUGCAAAAAUCCCGUUAGAUCAGGUAUUAUAUUAAAAAAACUAAUUGUGGUUAUUUUUUAUGAUAGUGACGUUCUGUUGUUGCUGUUAGUGAUGAUGAUGAUGGUAAUAAUGAUACUGUAGUCAUUGGUGUUGUUUAUGUUGUUUGUUUUGUUGACUUGAUGCAUGCCAACGAUGGCGAUAACCAUGAUGCUGAAGCUUCUACUGAUACUGACCUCUAUUAGGCAGCCAGCUAUGUGGAAUGCAAAAACCCAAAAGUCAUUUUCUCUCAAACUCUGUAAAAAUAGAACUUCUUUUAGAGCAAGUUUCAAUUGGGUGUCAAAAGUAAUUCGGAAUGGCUUUAGUUUUGCUUUUCCUCGCCGCGUGACUGGUCCAGAUAACUCGCGCCACUUUUUUCAACCAAUCAGAUUCAAAACUAAAACCAAUCGAGAGAUAGUCACUCGCGUUUUCCCGCGCUUUGGAUAAUUUGCUUGUUUUGAAUUUUAGAUCUCAUUGGCUCCUUGUGACGUUUUCCUUUCUCUGAUUGGUUGUCAAUUAGUCUUGGUUUUACGACGCUCAGUCGUAAUGCGCUCUUAGUGGCACAAAAUUGACUUAUGUGUGAACCGAACAUGUCUGCCUCUUGGGGAGAGAGAGGCCUGGGUUUGGAAAGCUAUUUCGCAUACGCUUAAGGAAACUAUGAAGAUUUAUUUGUUUUCAGACCCAUACUCUCUCGUAAACGGGAGCUUUUAACGUUUCACUGUGUUUUUGUAGCUUGUCAGAAACCACCAUGUCGAUAAAUUAUUUGCAUGACACGCAAGUUUUUCUUACAUUCGAAAUACUUUUUUAAAAUUUUUUUACUCUCCUCUUCAUAGAACCUGUGCGUUUGUUGUGAACAAGGUUCGAACAUUUUCGAGUCAUUUCCAGAAUCACCCGCGGGAACUGCGCUACAGUCUCUCGCAGCAAAGUUAAUCAGAAAGAUGAAACCGGAAUGACGUCAUCUUGACCUACAUUUCGUCCUCUCUGGUGAUUGCUGGUCGUUUACUGUCGCACAAGUUUAUCUCAACAAAAUUGUUUUUAAAUCCAGUAAUCUGAAAUGCUCUGAGACUAAGUGUUGAUAUUAUAGAGGUAUGAGUGGCAAUAAAACAUGGGAUAUAAGAUUGCAGCAAAAAAGUAGCAAAAAAAUCAAAAUGGGGAACGCGAGUUUAGUCUCGUCACGCAAUGGAUAGAACGUGGCGUGACAAAACAACGAAUUCCGGGUACCAAAAUUUGUGAACAGCUAGUGUAAAGCGAAUGUUAAUAUUUAAUUAAAGUUUCAUUUUUAUGGGGAUCUAAAAGAUUAUAGCAAUAUUUAGACAUGAAUAAUACUAAAAAUUAUGGUUGAAUAAGCAGUUUAUUUAUAUUUUUAACUUAUUUGAAAAGCCUUGUAUAAUGAUGCGUUUGAAGAUAUUGUUUUAUAAAUUAUGUAUAGCCAAUUGUAAGCCAGUUAUCACUCAAAUAUUUUACAGGAUUUUAUGGCUAGUACUUUCCGGACUAUUUGUCAAGUAGUGCAUAAUUUAGGAAAAUGAUUGAAAACUUAUUUCAAGUCUAGUGA